AGGUCCUCACACGAACACGUGUCUCCAUGGCAAUUUACCGGCGCGCAUUACUACCGGGGACGCACGCAGGCAGAGGACGGUGCGCGCCUCCCUGGACGAGAAUCAGCAGAAGUCGCAGUCACUCCACUCCGCGUUUUGCCCUGCCCCAUCGUGCGCCCUGCCCGCCGCGCGCCGAGCGUCUCCGCUGCAUUUCGCUUUUCCUCCCACUGACACGAGCACACGGUUCCUGCUGCUGCUGCUGUGUGUGUGUGCGGGAGAAGUUGUUUGCACAGAGAGCAGCACCAGGUACCCUACUGUCUCCCCCGCCGGAGCAUCCGGGCUCGCCGGGAUCAUCGUGCGAGAAGAGGCGAAGCUUUUUUCUUUUUCCAAAUGAAGUGGACGCAGCAGAAUCUAAAGUGAGGAGGGAUUUUUCUUUUAUUUAUUUUUUUUCUUCCGCUUUUCUUUGAACGGACAUUGCGCGUCCUGGAGGAAUCUCUCAAACAGCCCAUUUUCUCCUUUUUUUCCAAAAUCAAUGUUUUAUUUUUGUUUAUUUUGACGGACCUCGUCCCCCCAACCCCCCAUUCCCGUGAAACACAUCCUCCAGGAUUCCCCUGAUGAAUGCGAUGUGGAGGCUGCACGCCGCCGUAUGCACCCUGUCGCUGCUGUCCCUGUCAUCCGCCGCUGAGAGCAAGGCGCGGAGCUGUGGCGAGGCGAGGCACGCGUACCACGCCAAAGGGUUCAGCCUCGCCAAUGUGCCUCAUCAGGAAAUAUCAGGUGAGCACCUGCGUGUCUGUCCACAGGGACACACCUGCUGCACAUCCGAGAUGGAGGACAAACUCAACCAGGAGAGCAAAGUGGAGUUUGAGAACUUGGUCGAGGAAAGCAGCCGCAAUAUGAGGACAACAUUUUUUUCAAGACAUAAGAAGUUUGACGAGUUUUUCUUGGAGCUGCUGGACAAUUCUGAGAAGUCUCUCAACAGUAUGUUCACAAGGACCUACGGGAAGCUGUACAUGCAGAACUCAGAGGUGUUCCAAGACCUGUUCACCGAGCUAAAGCGCUACUACACAGGGGGCAACGUCAACCUGGAGGAGAUGCUCAAUGACUUCUGGUCCAGGCUGCUGGAGCGCAUGUUCCAGUUACUCAACUCCCAGUACCAAUUCACCGACGACUACUUGGAGUGCGUCAGUAAAUACACGGAUCAGCUCAAGCCCUUUGGAGAUGUGCCCAGGAGACUGAAGGCCCAGGUCACCAGGGCCUUCAUCGCUGCCCGCACGUUUGUCCAGGGGCUGAUGGUAGGCCGGGAGGUCGCCAACAGGGUGGCCAAGGUGAAUGUAAUCCCGGCAUGCGUCAGAGCUUUGACCAAGAUGCUGUACUGCCCGUACUGUCGCAGCAUGCCGGGACUGAAACCCUGCCACAACUACUGUCACAACGUCAUGAGGGGCUGCUUAGCGAACCAGGCGGACCUAGAUGCCGAGUGGAACCUCUUCAUCGAUGCCAUGUUACUGGUGGCAGAGAGACUGGAGGGACCCUUCAACAUUGAAGCAGUUGUAGAGCCAGUUGACAUCAAGAUUUCUGAUGCCAUCAUGACCAUGCAGGACAACAGCAUGCAGGUGUCGGCCAAGGUUUUUCAAGGGUGCGGCCAGCCGAAGCCGUCGGGAGUAGGCAGGUCUGCACGCGGCAUCUCGGAUGUGUUCAGUGCGCGCUUCAGACCGUACACCCCUGAGGAGAGGCCAACAACCACGGCUGGAACCAGCCUGGAUAGAUUGAGGGUUGUGUGGAGGACAAUGCAACACAGCUUGAUUGACAUCAAAGAGAAGUUGAAAGAGUCCAAGAGGUUCUGGUCCAACCUGCCGGAUGACAUCUGUGCCAAGGGCAAGUUCACAGAGCCUGACGAGGAUCAGUGCUGGAACAGUCACACAAAGGGCAGAUAUUUCCCUGAAGUGGUGAAGGAAGGUCUCACCAACCAGGUGAACAACCCAGAGGUGGAUGUGGACAUCACCAGGCCUGACACACUCAUACGACAGCAGAUCAUGGCUCUACGUGUCAUGACCAACAAACUAAAGAAUGCUUACAAUGGAAAUGACAUCUACUUCCAGGACUCAAGUGACGAGGGCAGCGCUUCUGGCAGCGGCAGCGGCUGCUCCGACGGCUGCACAACAGAGUAUGUUUUUGUUGGAACAGAAGCUUCUGUGAUCGGAGCCGAUAGAGGCGACGAACGAGCAGCAGCAGCCGCAGGCAAGUCGUGUUCCGUCGGACCCUCCCUACUGCUGUUGAUGGCGGCCAUCGCACUGUCUCUCCAGGCAACGCAGACUCAAUGGAGAUAAUACCUGAGUGUGGCCAAAAAAACUGACUUUUAUACUAUACGUACAGUAUCUUUAACAGCAAGUUCUACUGCUGUUCCCUCACUGGACACGUGGAAGCUCCUGAAAGCCAGUGGAGAAUGGCUGGCUGUGUGGAACGGUACCGUGCCACUGGAAGUGCUGCAUCCUGCUCGUCCCCCAAAGAAUGCUAGGUGCCGUCGUUGAACCAGCUUUCACAUCAGUAAAAAAAAUCAAAAUAUGGCAAUUUCUCAUUAUUCCAAAAUGGGUUUUAAAUACCGUGUCUCUCUUUUAGAAAGUAAAAAAACAUCUGAUCUGAUAUUUUAGAUGGAGGGGAUUUAUUUUUAUUUUUUUAUGACGGAUUUGUGCAAAUGAGACAACGUUGCCCUCAGUCUUUUCCGCCGGGUAAGACAAAAGUCUUACUGUGUGCAUGCAUAAAAAUAAUGUUAACUGACAAAAACAAUUAUGUUUUCAGGCUACACAGUUUUUUGGCAUUGGUUGGUGCAGGAUUGUACAGUGCUAGCUGUUUACCUGGUUUCCCAUUUUGUCAUAUCAGUGUGUCUUCAGGAAAUAGCAGCCACUUUAUAGUUGCACAUUUAUUUAUCUCUUAGAGAGUGCUAAUGUACUGCACUAAGAGAACGGCUUUGCACAAAAUAUUUUUUUUGGCUUCAUAAGUUUAUAAAGCUAAAGAAGAUGUCCACCCCAUUGAGACAGAAAAUCUAUAUUUUGAGAUAAUUUACCUGUAUUUUAAUUAUAAACAGUUACAGUAUGUAUUUCACUGAAAGGUACUGUAAUGUAUUAUUACUGGUUUAGUAAAUGGCUUAAUUUUUUUAUAAAUCUGUUCUGAUCUGUUUUAAAAUUUAUUUGGUCACCUGUAGACACUAAGCCAUUAUACGACAAUUGUCUGCAAAUGUUAUUCAGUUACCGGAUUUACAAUCAUCAGUUACUGAGGCUACUUAACAUCAGCUUAAACCAGGCAGAAACUCUUUUAUUGUAUGUUAUGGAUAUCAGGUAAUGCAAACGACAUUGCCAUAUAUUUCCUCCAUGCUUUAACUAUGUGUGGAAAUGGUUUAUGUUGCUUGCUUUUAAUGCUUGAGGAUUAUAUUACAUAUAUGUAUAUGUAUGUAUACAUAUAUGUAGACAUUUUUACCAUUCAACCUGCUGAAAGCUCAGUCCUCUGACAGGCUCUACAGGUUCCCCACCUCUCAUCUUAUGGAGCGCCACAAUGAAGUUUGUAUGUUCUUGUUUGGCCAAUCAGAGCAGACUCACACGCCCCUUCAGGCUGCAAGUUAGAGAAGUGGUAAGGUUUCCUAAAAAUGAUGUAGAAAGUCACCAACACAAAAAGAAGCAAGGGGCUGAGGUCUGACUGUGCUUUUAGAACUGGUGUUACCUCCAAAAAAGUUUCCACGAACGGGACUUCUGAUCCCACAAAAAGGAGGUUCUUAAAAUGACGCAGGCAUGAAAACAAAGGGUAGAUGUUUCCACAGAAGACGACAUUUAAGGCAGCCAAUCUCAUGAUUAGUGUUCCUCGAGGAGCCAAUCUCAUGAACUCAUAAACAUGAAUCACAUGUCUAAAAGUAUGUCUCAACAGAGGCAUUCUUGAAAACUCAUCGUGACAAAUAAGCAGGUGCUGUGAGCAUCUCAAGGAGAGUGCAACCUACACAGCACAUAGUAAGCAAGCAAAGGACACAUCAUCAAGUUGCAUCAAGCUGCAACAGUCAAGACCUGCAAAAUAAUGAUGUUCUAAGGCACAAAUUAAGGUGUGGGUGACAUACAGUGCUUUGUGGACCCCUAACAACUGAAGCAGACUGAUAAACACAUCACUAAAAUGUGCAGCACCAACGUGGUUGUCUUCACAGACUGCACCUUGAAGAGAAAUCCUCCUGCAGACCCCAAUCACCGCAGGAACUCCCACUGCAGAACAGAUGGGAACAUCUCCCCUACGUAGUUUCACUCGCUGCAGAAAGGUGAGAACGUGACUAAACAGCAGCCUCCGAACAAAAGACCAUUUAAAUCGCUGGUGCGUAAACCUCAAUUGUGGAAGGCGACUGUCUAUCCAACCGAAACUAACACUGACCUGAUCAACAAGGUCCUCCGCACAUCCAGCUGUUGAGUGUAAUAAACCAAUCAAUGGGAGGGACAGACAGAUCAUUUUUCAGUAACUUGUAAAGUUCAAAAUGAAAUAUUAUUCAACAAUGGGCUAUUCCAAAAAGAGGUUUUAGAGAGAUUAUAAAGAUAAAAUGAAUGGCAUCAAAUAUCAUACCAAUAUUGCAGUUACAUAGUCGCUGAUGAGAAAAACAGCAGCUCAGCAGCAUAAUGACUAAAAUACUAAAAGAAUUCUCCAAACAAAAACACAUGUAUCAGGAGUCAGGAAUCAGGAAAAAAUUUUACCAAAAUAUGUUAGAUGUAUAAGGAAUUUGACUUGGCGGUAUCUAAGAGUCCAAAUGGACAAUGGAAUGGAGCAAGUCAAAAAGAUUCUCAUUAGUGAAGCCAGGCAGCUUCAUUGGGAGAUAUGAACCAAGAGCACAAUCCGUCCAGUGAUGAUCCGUUGUUGGAGACCUGUUGGAUAUCCUUUAGUUCAGGCAAGAGGGAGGGGAGAUAUCUCCCCCUCUUCUUAUUUAUCUUACUGGUUCUGUUGCUCCUUUUAAUCACAAUGGUAAAGUGGAUGCUAGUUCAAAAGGAAAUCAGCAUAUGUGAGAACCUGGUCAAUGAACCCCUCUGAUUGGUCAUGAGAAUACAUGCAAAUGUCUGUGUGCACUGCAGAGGUGUGAGCCUGUUGAUCCCUUUUGGGGUCAACGCCUGUAUAAUACAAAACCAGAGGAAACUAAAUACUUUUAAACAAAGUUUAACAACCAUUCCAAGUCUUAAAUACUGUUUCCCUCAGACGUUACAUGGCUUACGCUAUGUCAAACAUUUAUUCUGGACUGCUCAUGAUCCUAAGUCAGAUCGUCUCGAUCACGAGAUGAGAGCACCAAACUCUGUUAAGAGUUAAAGAACACAUAUCUCGAUCUGCGCUCACUUAGUGGGUUAUUAGAUAUGAUGGACAUCCAGCUGUAACUAUUCAAAACUAAAUAUUGCAUAAAGUAAAUAACUGCUGGAACUGGACAGGAACCGUUUUUCUGAUCAGUCCUGGACAGCAGAUAAUGGUUGUGACCCUCAUAGGGGUCACAUGGAGUCGUUGACUCUCAGACCAAUAAUUCAAUUUCAGCUUCAGACAUUUGAGUUUCACAGACAUUACAUCGACUCUUAUUUGACAAUUUAACACAAAUAGUGGUCUUGUCAGCACGUUUAUUUUGAUAUCAAGUGUAUUGCUCCUAAAACUGCAUUAAACUAUGAGGUAACACAGUUGCAAUUGGAUGGGUUUUUUUUAACUUUGGUGACUAUAAUUGAUUAAAUACAGAUAGAGUACACAACAGAAGAUCAGAACAGCAAGUUAGUGGAUUAUAUAUUGCUUCAGUCAAACAGUGUCAUAUACAUUUAGUUUUCAAGUAUUACAAAAACACUGCUGGAUGCAGACAUUUCUGAGUCAAGUGAGACAGAAAAUUAAAAAUGCCAGCAAGCAUCUCUGGCCACACAAAGGCUGAAUGUUCCAUUAAGAGCCUCAAGAAAUUACUUGAUUACAACAACUAGAGUUAUGGAUGAGUAAGGACACGCCAGGACUUUACUGGUGUAUAAAUCACCAAAACGUCCAGACCUUUCAGUUGACUGACUUUUCCAAAAGAGCUUUUGCUGUUACAAACAACAGUCUCUUACAUUAUCUCAUUUUUCCAUUUUUUGCUGGCUUGUGUUUUGUUCUCUCCUGACCAACUACAAUACCCUGUUAUACAAGAGUGUCACUCUUAAAGUUUCUGUCUCUUUGAUUCUCGCUGGCAAAAGGCGUGAAUUCAUGGUCUGCUGAGGUUUUCUACAGAAUGUUUUGAAAACUUGUUAUGCAAGGUCUUCUCCGUUUUGAUGUUAAUCGUUUGCUGCACUUUUGCUAAAACAUAUGCUGUGGGUGUGUUACUGUUGUGAUUUGCAAAAUCAGAUAACUAAGGAGCACAUUCAGAUUUUUGGAGUUGUCUGUGCACGCUGUUAGAAGUGUUUUGGGGUAACUGAAGUUGAUGGUUGUACAUGCAGACAUGCCUUACCAUUUAUAAAAGAUUAAAAUGGAUUGCUUAUUUGGCUUUUGUUACACAUUCUUGUAUACAGAAAAUAAUACAAAGGUAAUAUUAAAGAUUUUACAAAAAUA